AUGGAGGAGCCUAGGAAGACCCUAUCGGAAUAUGAAAGGCCACAGUUCACCGGAGAAGAAUUUAGUGUCCAAGUACCAACCGUUCCGGCUAAUAACUUUGAAAUCAAGGCGAGUACCAUAGGGAUGAUUCAGAAUUCAGUACAGUUUGAUGGUCUAGCGGAUGAGGAUCCCCAUGCCCAUCUUGCUCGGUUCCUUCAAAUCUGCUCCACUUUCAAGAUCAAAUUAGUGUCAGAUGAUGCCAUCAGACUGAGGUUGUUCCCGUUCAGCUUGAGAGAUGCAGCAUACGGAUGGCUCACAUCCCUUAGCUCCCGGGGUCCGUCACCACUUGGAAGGAAAUGGUCGAGAAGUUCCCUAGCCCGAUAUUUUCCUCCAAGCAAAGGUCGCAAGAUUGAGGACGGAGAUAUCGUCUUUCAGCUUAUUGAUGCAGCGGCAGGUGGUUCUUUAAGCAACAAGCUUCCUGAAGAGGCCGAGGAAUUAAUUGAGAAUAUGUCCAGCAACGAGUGUCAUUGGAGCACUAGACAGAAGCCUCCAAGGGCUGCAGGGCUGUAUGAGGUGAAUGAAUCCACAGCAUUGGCUGCGAAGAUUGAUGCCUUGACGAAGCAUAUCGCUGAGCAGAAUUCAAAGCAUGAUGCCCUAGCAUGA